CAGUUUAUGUGCUGUAGAACCACAAAGCACCUAUUUAUAAUAUGCGUAAGCUAUUCGGUAAGAAGAUAAAUCUGAGUGUUUUAAGAUUAUGUUGUAAUGUGAAUUUGACAGGGAUGUAUUAAAAUUGAAAUCUAUAAUUAUUGUAUGUGUUAUCUCCAGUGUUUUAAAUGAAUACCGUUUCAGAAUCUGUGAUAUUGUUAUCUAAAAUCUUUUAAAGCAAUUUUAAUUCUGUGAAGAUAUUAAAUAUUAGUAUAGGUUACCAAAAACGUCUAGUCUUCCAUAAAUUUAGUUGUUUCCAAAAUGGGAAAAUUGAAAGAAACUUUAAAAGAAGGAGCGAUUCAAAUUGGCUCUGGAGGCUCAGCAGGUUUUGUUGAGGUGUGUAUUAUGCAUCCUCUUGAUUUAGUAAAAACAAGACUACAAAUACAGACAAAAUCAACGGAUAGAAAUGAUUCAAGAUAUUACAGAGGCAUUAUUGAUUGCUUUGGAAAAAUGUAUAAACAUGAAGGUUUGUUAUCUUUUUGGAAAGGUAUAUUACCUCCUAUUUUAGCGGAAACUCCUAAAAGAGCUGUAAAAUUUUUCACUUUCGAACAAUACAAACAGUUUUUUAUGUUUGGAUCUUUAACUCCUACUCCAUUGACUUUCUCACUAGCUGGUCUUGGAGCAGGUGCAACUGAAGCAGUGUUUGUAAAUCCUUUUGAAGUGGUAAAAGUCUCCCUACAAGCUAAUAAAUUAAAAACUAAAGAAGCACCGAGUACUUGGACUGUUACAAGAACUAUUAUUAAUGAAAAUGGUUUUGGAUUGAAAGGGCUCAAUAAGGGACUUACUGCUACUAUUGCCAGAAAUUCAAUUUUCAAUAUGUUCUACUUUGGAUUUUAUCACUCAGUGAAAGGUUUACUUCCCGAAUAUGAAAAUCCCUAUCGAGAAUUCUUCAAGAAGAUUGGACUAGGUUUUAUUUCUGGUAGUGUGGCUUCAUGUCUGAAUAUCCCCUUUGAUGUAGCCAAAUCUAGAAUUCAAGGACCUCAACCGGUUAUUGGCGAAGUUAAAUACAGGACAACUAUAAAUUCAAUUGUUAUAGUUUAUCGAGAAGAAGGGUUUGCAGCAUUAUAUAAAGGCCUCCUGCCAAAAGUAUUGCGUUUGGGACCUGGGGGGGCUAUUAUGUUGGUAGUAUAUGAUUACAUGCACGAAUACCUGACAAAAAUUUUGAAAUAACUGUCUAAAUGUUGUGUUUUCAUUUUAGACAGUUUUUAAAAUAUCAUAUCAGUUUUAAAAUGCUAAAACGACUGUCCGCAGAUGGUUAUUAUAGUAUGCGCAGUAUAUGAUAUAAUUAAUUUGCUAAAAUUGAAAAUCGCAAAAAACAAAUUCAUUUUCCAAAUAAGGUCUAUCGUAACCUAUCAAAAAAGGUUUGAAUCAGUUUUUAUAAGGAAAGUGGUGUAUAAAAAUAUUCCACAGCUAAAAAACUUUGAUAAAUUAAUUUAAAGGCCACAAUAAUAAAGUAUAACAUACUAAUUGCCAUUUUCUUCAUGAAAUAGUUAAACCUUAGUUUGCAUUAUCUGCUAUCUGGAAAAUAACGUUAACUAAAAGAUAACUACGAGUGAAGAAAAGUGAUAAGUAUUUUUAAAUCUCAUAAUUACUUUACAUAAGUUUUCUGUUUUAAACAAAUUACCUUGUGAGUUGACAUUGACAUUUUUAAUUGGAACCUAUUAGAUGCUUAUUCUUGGUAAAACAUGUUUUUCGAAAUAAAUUCACCAUAGUUUUCUGAUGGUGAUUUAACUUUAUUAGUAUAACUGACAAAAAAUUCACUUUUUUUAAUUUAAAAAUUGGUAUCUGAUUCCACAGGCUUGCACUUCUCCAACGAAACGAGUCCUAAUAAAUUGACGUUCUGGGUGUCUGAAGAUGAACUCGAUGCUCAUGAGCCACGUCUACCUGUCUAGUAGGUCCUGUAAAUACUGCUGAAGUUGAGAUUAUGUUAGACAGUUGGGAACAGAAUCUGCUAUAGUGUUAUCGGACAAACAGAGUCAAGUCAGCGACAUUUCUUCUAUGCUCUAAACUAUCCAAGUUUUUGGACUCUAGGUCGCCUAUAAGUCGAAUUGAUCUCUUCUAUGUUGAGUCGAGCUUCCUCAGGGUAUGUUUGGGAGCUGAGCUCUAAAUAUACGAGCAAUACUCCAUAGAUGGUCGAAUCUGGUCCUUGUAGAGGAUUAGAAGCUGUUGCAAAGUAUAUAGCUUUUUGGUCUUAAAGAGGGCUCCAAGUUGUCAUGAAGCUAUCUCAGCUAGUUCGGCCAUGUGACUAUGCCAAGACAUAUCGCUCCCAACUUCAACACUAAAAAAGCGAAUUUGUGGUGAUGGUGAUAUUUUAUGUCCAGGACUAAAUCCUGAGCUGUGGGCCCAGCCUCCUUUGUAGAAACAGCAGUCUGUUUCUCUGCUGUGGUGAUCUAUUGCUGCCUACAGAUUUGGGUGCUAGUCGAAUUGAUUGAGGCGGCUGAUUUGCACAACGAGGUUACUAUCGUUAGCGAAGCAGAUCGGGUUUGCAGUUUUGUCGAGUAGAUCGUUGAUGUACAGGAGAAAGAGAGUAAGUUGCAUCUUUGCAGAAUACCAUCGUUGACCUUAAACCUUUCUAAGGUGUGUCCAUCAAUACCGUACUGUAUGGAUCAGUCUUUGAGAAAGCUACUAAGCCAGACGAUAAGUGACAACGACAAAACGUACGAUAUAAUAUAUUUAGAAGAAUUGCAUGCCAAAAGCCUUCGAUAUGUAAAGUGAGAUUGCUUUGGGUUACCCAUAUUUCACUUCAUACGCUGGUGACAUAGGCAAGGAGAUCUCCAGUUGAUCUAUGUUUACUAAAGCCGUAUUGAUGGUCGCUGAUGAUGUUAGCAGACUCAAGAUAUUUCAAGAUUUGCUGGUUAACGACUUUCUGACUUUUCUAUGGACUCAGUAAUGGCUGGGACUAAAGCAAUUGGGCGGUAGUUGUUGGGGACCGUCUUUUUUCCUUUUCAAGAUAUGGGUUGAAACCGAGAGAGUUCCCAAUCUGCAGGGAAGAAUGAAUGGAGUUAUAAUAGCUUUAUUCAUAUUUUCUGUUCCAAAUUACUCUUUCAAUUUCGGAUUUUUUGCUUCUGAAUUUCGUACAUGUCGGAGACCCAUCAUCAUAUGGCUUUGAAAUAUAGUAAAAAUAAAUAAAUAGUGAUUUAUUGUCGGCAUUAUUAUUAAGAUUCCAAAGAGGUCAAUGUGAUAGAAUUUAUUAGAGACAUUAUGCAUUAUGCGAAUCCUGUUGCAUUUUGAAGUAUUUUGAUUGUAUACAGGUUGCUUCUAAAUUCAUUCAUAAAAAUUCCAUAUGUGAUUGCCAGUAUGCAAUUAUGAUGGAUCAUCACAAAAUUUCAUCAGCCCACUCUGUACCCAACAAUUAUGUUUUAUUUUUUUUUCUCAAGCAACAAGAAAGUUUGACAUUAUUCUAGUAUUUUAAUUGAAUCUUUUUGGUUAUCGAGUAGAAAAUGAAUUGGAACCAAUUCGUCAGUUUUUCGUCUCUCCAUUCUUGUUGAAUUUUAAUCAGAGUAGGAAAAGAAAUCUUCUGUAGCUCAUUACGGCUCUUGUGAUUUCUUAACCUGUUUCAUAUGCCGACUAAAUUUCCAAUACAUUCGUAUGUUUUGGUGUUUUAGCCCAAUCAAAUAUAGAAGCCCCGAUAGAUCCAAGAUUUCUCUCCCUGGCGUAUCCCUCACUAAUAAUUUCUAUAUGUAAAUUUGUAUAGUGUUCAAUUUCAUUAGCCAUUUCAAUAUUUAUAAAUUUUUGAAACGCACCUGUUAUAUUGGUAAAAUCCAUGUGUGAUUUCUUCGGCACUGGUAGAAUUUUCACACUAUUUUUCCUUCGAGUUUUUUGACUCCAAAUUGGGAUAUUUUGUCUAUUUUUGGUUCUGUACUUUCCAAUUAAGAAAUGUUUAUCACAACUGAAAUCUUGUCUUUCAUAAUCACUCGAUUCUAUCGUGUCACUUAUAAUUCAAUAUAGUUUUGGUGAUUUUUGUUGAUUGAGGUGGACAAGGUAUCAAUUAAAUCAAUUAACAACUGUUUGCUUCAAAAUAUUUAUCACUUCUUUCGUAGUACCAAUACAAAAAAAAAACAGAAAAUACAAUAAUAAUAUAUGUUUCAAUUACAACGAAAAUAAUAUAUUAUUGUCACUUUGGCAAUUCAUUUUCGUUCACUUAAUUUUAAGGUGUUUUCAUUGACACAAAACAGUAUCGAGAAUCAAAUCGCUGAUGUAUAGGGGAAUGUAUAUCUUUAUGAGAAGCAUGAGUUGCAAUUGUACAAGGUGGUAAGCGGAAAAGGAACUGCAGAUUAUUGUAAGCAUCUCCUGGAAAUUUAAUGGUGUAUAUAAUUUUGCAAGAAAUUCAAUUGAUAGAGAUUGGCACAAGAGAGGAUAGUAGAGAGAUUGAAUUAAGUAUAAAGUGAAGUAAUAAUAAUAACAUCAUGCUUCCCUGAAACCAGUAAUCGAAGUGUCACCAUUAAUCUGUCUUUUGGAGGAAUCGCGCUCCGAAAUUUUGUAUCUUCCCUUGUAAUCCGGUGUUUAUCUAAAUCCAGAAGGAGUUCAAAUUGCACCAUAGACAUCCGGAGAAAAAAUUCUAUAUUGCUGUGCAUCUUCUACCCUCAGCUCAUUUACAAGUGUGGAACAUGCUCCUAAUUCAUAUCUUCAUUCACCUAUUUCCUCGCCCAACAGACUCUUUUUUUACUCUCUGUUUUUGGACAAUUUCGAGAAUCCAUUUAUAUGAAUAAACUUGCCAUUGUGAGUGGGGUCUCACACUUUCUCUCGAGGUCUCGAGACUGCAAUGAAUGUUGAGUUUCCAGAAGUGGUCUCAAGACCGAAAGUGAUCGCAGAUGGACAAUAGCCUGAGACUAAUGUCGAGACUUAGUCUCAGCUGAACACUUACCUUUGAUUUUUAAGUGACGGACACUGUUUAUAAAAAAAUCAAAUUCAAAUGUACUCACCAUAUUUCAUGAAUUACUAGCCUCGCUCGCAUUGAAGCCAUUUUAGUAUCAGAGAUUAUUACAAUAGAGAUAAAUCAAUCAAUAUGGUAACUAUAUUUUAUGGCUUGGUUGGGAUUAUUAAUUUUCAAAAAUUACAACAAACCAUGAAGUGUCAAAAGCAUAAAAUUUUAUUAAAAUAUAACAACAAACAUUUAAACAUAUUUCUCUGUAAUAAAAAUAAAUAAUUUUAACAAUUUCAAAAGAUAUAAAUGCAGAAUAUUAAUCUAAGACAUUUUAGUAGACUAUAUUAUAAGUUUUUCCGUUGAGUGCAAAUAUGUGUAAAUUCCAGUCAUAAGACACACCCGAACAGGCUAUAUAUAGUUGACCAUGAGAGAAUCGGGGCUUUUCUAAACUCCCGAUACCUGUAAUAUCUGCUCUUGUGCUUUGUUAUGUUUUCAAUUAGAAUGUAAGUUCAGUAGGAAUAAUUGAAAUCAUAAUCAAUAGCAUCUAACCAAAAAAUGACACCUAACCUCAAAAAUUCAAAUAGAUUUAUUCGCGAAAAUUACGAAGUGAGCGACAUCUGCUAAUUUUCUUUCAAACUCCAGUAGAGGUAAACAACAAAGCCGGAAUACCAACAAAUUUUGUUGUUCUAUGAACAUAGAAUAGAAAGUGUUAUUUGAAAUUUUAGUCUAAAUAGAAAAACAACAUACCUGUUUAAAGUGAUUUUUUAAUAGAAAAAUAACCACACAUCCAAAGAUGCAUUUAGAAAACAAUAAAAACGUGGUAAAAAUUGUAGUGUUACAAAUGUUCUAUUCUAAUGGCCAAUAAAACUCUUGUGUCUCUUUUUGGCAGUUUCGUGUCGAUAUGCAAGUAUACCCUACUAACAUGAAAAAAUACAUUUCCAAUAUUCAACUACAUCAUUCAGAUUAAAUUUUAUCUCAUGAGGCUGGAAAGCUAGACUUGACUUCUGUAGACAAUGAUAUAUCUGUCCUUGUAUGGUAAAAGGGGAAAAUCCGAGCAUUUUUAUAUCUUUAUCAACUUAUCAUUUGAAAGCAAGAUAUAUACUUUCUUAUUUUGCUUAAAAAUUGCUUUUACUCGUCUGUGACACUUAACAAUAAAGUUUUUAAAGGCUCUUCUGGUUCAACAAGUAAUGGAAGUGAAACUUUACCACUGAUAUGAUAUGAUAACAAUGAUAAUCAAAUGAUGAUUAUGAUAUUAAAUUGAAGGAUCAUAUUGAAAUCUAGUACCAUUGAAUACCUACCAAUCCUUAUGCAUGAAAUUUCGACGUCUCGUGGUCUGCAUUUCUACAUUAUGAAUUCUUCUCAUCUGCGAUUGUUCUGGUGAUUCUAUCGCUCUUCUAGUUGCCUGCAGCGUAACUUGUCUUUCUGAACGAACUUGUACCUGAAGAGGAGUUCCAGUUGCUCUCAAAACACAUUGUCGCUCUGCUUGCUGUUGUCUUCUCAGCUCUGCGUGAACCGAAGAUUCUUGAUUUCGUGCAACUUUUGCUGCACGGACCUGCGACGAGUUUUUGGAUAGAUCAGAUUUCCGCUUUCGAGUCAUUUUUAAAGAAGAACAAAGUAAGAAUUAAAACCAAAGAGUAAGAUCUAAAAUAAAGAAUAGCAUCUAACCACACAAAUAACAUCUAACCUAAUAAAUUCAAAUAGUUUUAUACUGCAUAUACAGGGUGAGUCGGGAGGAGCGCAUCAAACUCUAGGAGUGUAUUAUACACGUUAAUUUAAUGUAAAAAAACUCAUAUGUUCUUAUCCGAUUUUCAUUUGUUUUCAAGUUAUAGCAUAUUAACAAAUAAACAAAUUAUCACAUAAUUCUUAAUCAUAGCGUUCUUAAAUAAAUGUACCGCCAUUAACUUUUAAAUAUUUUCUGCUUCGUCCACGAAGAGCGUUUGUUACUCUCCCAAUUGGGGAUCUGGAGAUCUUGCAGGCCAAUUAAUGGGACCUCCAUGACCAAUCCAACGCCCUGGUAAACGUUCGUCCGAAUGCUGCUUGACCUGACGAGAGACAUGUGCAGGAGCUCCAUCGUGCUGAUAGUACAUCUGCAUUCUAAUAUUUACAGGAACGUCCUCCAGUAGGCCUUGUAAUUCAAUUUGUAAAAAAUUUAGGUAGUUGUCUCCUGUGAGACGAUUCUCCAAAAUGAAAGGGCCAAUUAAAUAACUGUCAACCAUACCACACCACACGUUUACAGAAAACUGAUGUUGAAAAUUGCUUUCGACUGUUGCGAGGGGAUUUUCGUCCGACCAUACAUGAUAGUUACGAGUAUUAUUAAUACCAUCACGGGUAAAUGUAGCUUCAUCCGUAAAGAGUAUACUCGAUACAACACGAUGAUUAUUAUUUAUCCACCGACAACUCCAUAUGGUUAGCGUAAUCCUCUGGUUGUAGGUGCUGUACUCUUUGUAGGUGAUAAGGAUAUAAGCCUUGAUCGUGGAAUGUGUUUAUCACCCUUUUUAAUGGAAUUCCCAAUUGAGUGGCAAUUCUCCGUGAGCUAGUAGUUCUUCUACUAGCUUUACUAGAUGUAGAAUAUUUGUUACUUCUAUCAAACCUUGUCGAGUAGCGCGUUCAGAUGAUAUGUUAGCACUGGGAAGCUUACCAGUCUCGCAUAAUUUGUUAAAACUCCAAUAAUUAAGUUUUUAUCAGGAUAUCUUUGGUGUGGAAAACGUUGAUUUAUUCCUCAGCAGCAGCUGUAGCAUUUCCAUAAUAGAAAUCAUAAACAAACACCAUAUUUGCAUAUUCUAAAUUUGAAUAAGUAUCUGAUAUUUUGCAACACUAACAAUCACAUAAAUUCGAAAUUAAAUGUUCAGUUACUGUUCACUGUACACUGACAGUUCAUCAAAACGUCAGAAUUAUCAAAUUCCUUUGAGCCUCGAACAUGGCAUACUUUGAUAAUGUUAAAAUUCAGAUAUAAGUGGAAAGCUAGAUGAACAUUUUUAAUUACUCCAUAACUUGAAAACAAAUGAAAAUCGGAUAAGAACAUAUGAUUUUUUUACAUUAUUUUCACGUGUAUAAUACACGUGAAGUUUGGUGCGCUCCUCCCGACUCACCCUGCUUAAUGAUAGAAAAAAAUAACAAUAAAUAUAGAAAAAUUCCAAACAUCCAAUUAUACUACUAUGUGAAAUUAUAGUUUCACAUGUAACCACAAAAAUGACAUCUAAACUAAAGAAUUUAAAUAGUUUUAUACCGCACAUAUAAUGACAGAAAAAAAUAAUAAUAACUAUAAAAAUUCCAAAUAUCCAAUUGACUAUAAUUUCAGUAUCUAACCACAAAAAUGACGUCUAACCUAAAAAAUUCAAAUAGUUUUAAUCAGCAUAUGUAAUGACAGAAAAAAAUAACAAUAAAUAAAGAAUCAUUCCAAACAGCUGAAACUAUAGUCAAUUGGAUUGGAUAUUGACGUGACCGUCGGUAACACGAUGCAACGGUAUUACAGUACUCAGGGCUGGAACUUCAUUACUGGACUGCUAGAUGGCGUUGAAGAAGCUUGAUUUCGAGAUUUUUUGACAAAUAAUUUUUUUGUUUCGUAAAAAAUAUUUUUUUUCAUAAAAAGUAUCCUGUUACUUCUAAUACCCCCAAGAAUAUGCGUAACAAACAUCCACAUUUAUGAUAUUAGUAAGGAUAUAAUAAGUAAUUUCAUAUAAGCAAUCACCUGUAUUUUCCUGAUAGGAUGCCAAAGACUAAUUUAAACAUUUUUGUAAGGUACGAUAAUCCUAGUACAUGAAAUUUGCAAUGGGAAAUAUGAGUGAAAACUAAUAAAAUUAGAUAAAGUUUUUAUUAUUUUUGAAAAUUCACUAGUUUUGUUUGCAAUAAGUUACCAGUCAUUAUGUAUUUUGUUUUGUUGUGUUUUGUUAUUGUAUUGAUACAGUGUUUUAAAAAAUUUAUUUGUAUAUAGUAUACAAAGUGAGACUUCUACAUGUUUACAAUGCAUUGUUUGUUCGUUUUUCUAUUAAUAUAUUUUAUUGCAUC